AGUGAAAUACAGACAAUCACUAGACAACCUGUAGUCAGAAUAUUUUCUCUCUGAAAAUGGCUUGUCGUGUUGCAGGCCUUGUACGAAAAUUUGCCAGUGGAAAUAAGGGCUUGUUAUCUCCUCUUUAUUAUGCCAUAACUCGGGCAGUGCCAGUCUGCCAUGCGAGGAGUUUCACUUCCACUGCAAGGUGCCAGGACAGCAAAGCAAACUCUGGGUAAGUCUCAACCUGAUCAUUCCUGGGGUAUGCCCUGUUACACAGCUAAUGAGGAAUUUACUUUUCAGUUUUUAAAAUGAAUAAUACUUUCAUUAUUUAUCGAUCACCAGCAUAUUCUACAGAACCUCCGUUCAAUAUUGUGACUAACUAGAUCUCAUAGAAUAGAAGAAUUCAUACUUAUUGUUAUUUAUAUAGUGCCAACAUAUUCCAUAGCGCAGUAAGUUGAAAAUCAAAUGUAGUGGGAUUCAUUAUUAGCUGGAUUUACAUAGCACACACACAUUCCCCAACACUGGGACUUAAGUCAAACAUCAAGGCUAGUUAGAUUUAUUUCAUUAUGUGAAGGAUUCCUAUUUAUUAUUAUUAAUGUUAUUAUUAUUAUUAUUAUUUAUAUAGAACUAGCAUUUUCCAGAGCCCUGUAAGCUUAAAAUCAUUACUAUUUAGAUCUCAUUCAAGUUAUUAAAUCACAUUGCAAGUGCUUAUCAAAUUACUUUUCCAAAAAGGAUAUUGUAUUGCUAUCAUAAAAAGUCAAUUUAUAGUGCUGUAAUGUUGCUGUAAUGUUUAUAUAAUGUAUUCAAUAAUAUGAUUAUUAGCUUUCUAUUAUGUAAAAUAGCUUAAACAGUGUAGCAUUGCUUCAUAAUUUAUGGAUUUUUCUAUACACUGAAAUAUAAUAUGCCUGUUAUUAUGUUUAUUAUAUCUCAUUAGUUUGUUUUCAUGUAUAAAUACCGACGGCAAAUUAAUAAAAUAAUAUUGAAAAUGAAAAGCAUGUAAAUAGUGUUGUAAUUACGAUUGUCUGACCUAUUUUUGGUAUUUGCACUUUAACUGAAAGUAAUAAGGGUAUAUCCCUUAUUAUUUUCAGUUAAAGUGCAAAUACCAAAAAUAGGUCAGACAAUCGUAAGCAAUCGAUAAGCAUUUACUAACCAGCCGCAAACGAUAAAAUAAUUGUAAAAACGAACAAAGUAUGAAAAUUAGAAAAUUGAGAUGAUGAACUUUCUUUCUUGUUUUCCUUAUUUCAUUUUUAGCUGUCAAAAACCAGCAGAGCGAACAUUAUUCUGCUACCCAUUGUACAGCGCUGCAGAAUUGGUCGGCGCUUUGUAAAUAAUAAUAAAAAAUAUGCAUAUGAAAUUGCAACUGUUUAAUAAAUAAAUAAAACACUUUACCACAUGGAUUUAACAUGAGGUCAGUAAACGUAAAAUAGUUCCAAUUUGUGCAUCACUAUACACAGGUAAUACAAUUAAUAACAGCGUACUAUUGGAUUAGUAAAUUACUGCUAGGUGCUAAACAUACACUAUUCAUUAUUACGUGUCAGCUCCUGUGUGUUGAUACAUUUUAAGUUCAUGCCUCUCAUAACUGCUUUGCUGAGUCAUGUCAACAAAAGGGACUCUGCUAAAAGGGUCAGGCUCCCCUCAUCCCCCCCCAACACCCCAUAACAAUUAUUCACACUUACAUUGCUGUCUAGUAAGACCUUUUGUGGCAGUCACUCAAAGGGCCACUAGAGGUGCUUCCUAUAUCAGUGCUGUACUGUAUGCAGCGCCUACGUUCAGCGUCUCCACUCUCUCCAUACAGAUUAAUUGAUUCAAUGCACCUCUCUGAGGAUAUGCUGAUUGGUGCGUUGCAAUAGCCUGCCACAGAUUCCCUACGCGUAAGCAUUGGAUAUACUGAGGUCAUCAUGAUUAAUGAUCUCAGGCAUGGAAGCAGGGCCAGCCACGGCAAGUAAUCAACCUUUUUACUAAAUUCUGAGGGGGGCCAGGGACAUUAACAGGUAGUCCAACACUAUAGUGUUUAUAUUCCUAACACCAUAGUUUACUGUAAGCUGUAAGAGGAGAUGGUGCCUGGGAACUCCAGACACCAUAACAACUUAAUUGACAUGAAAUUGGUCUGGGGCCACAGCUUCCUGUGUUUACACCCAAAAUUAUAUUGCAAUACUUAUGUCACAUCUCCAAUCUUCACAUGCUUGUGUGUGUUGGUGGGUUGACCGGAAAUAAGAGUCCCUGCUAUGUCCUGCUUCUUCUAUUCCAGCCAAAAGAGUGUCUCUUCAACACAUUAGACAAACAUUUAAGUGGUCCAACCCUUACACAGGCUGGACUAAAAAGUACAUUAUAUACCUAUGCACGAGUCUGUUUCAUCAGGUGAUGUUUCUCUCAAGCCCAGAGUUCUCUAUAUAUACAUGUUUCAUGCUGCAGGUAUCUGUUCAUGUAAAGAUAUGGAGGCCUAGUCUGGGUACUGGCUACUGCUGUGGUACAUGACCACAGCCCGACGUUCCCUAGUAAAAGAAAGCCUCUUAUUAAACAGAAGAGUUGUUAGACACACAUCACACAUCAAAUCCUCCCUCCCUUUAUUCCCAGCUGCUCCAUAUCUGAGUUAUUUACUACCACAUGACCUUCAGCCCUUUUUUACUUAGCUAUGUUACAGGGCUGUGUACAUUUCUGUACUUGGUGCUGUAAUGACAAAGAACACGUCUUUUCUGUACCUGUGCACUAGGUUUAGAGUAAUUAGGGUUGGGAGAGUUUAGUUCUUGCCUCAUCAUGAGAAUCAUGAUAAUGAUAAAGACCCUCUUCAACUUCCAUUUACCUAAACCUAAAGGAUACUAUUGUUUUAGAAAUACAAAUAUAAUUAAUAAACCCUUACUGUACUUAUCCGAUUCCAGCACCGAUGUCUCUUGGUGCUGGGUCGGUGCUUGGCCUCGUCUGAAGUCACACAACGGAAAGCACCGCGAGCACAUUCGGCCAUCCCCAUAGAAAAGCAUUCCUGCAAUGCAUUACUAUGGGAUUUUAACUAACGCUGGGUGUCCUCAUGCACAAUAAGGACAUCCAGUGUCAGGCAUCCAGAAGUUGCCUAACAAACAGGAAGUGCCUCUAGUGGCUGUCUAAUUGACAGCCACUAGAGACAGGCUUAGUUCUGCAAUGCAAUCAUUGCAGUUUCUUUAAAACUGCAAUGAUUUUACAUUACAUGACUAAGGGAGGCAGGGACACUGCACCCAAACCACUUCAAUGAGUCUAUAGUGUCCAUUUAAUGGUGGUGUAAUGCCUCUACAUUGCUAUCACGGAGCAUGCUAUACAGUUAUAUCUUUAAAUUGGUUUCACAUCUAGACAUUUAUCUUUGUACAAGGUUUUUAAAUGUCAGUUAUUACAUUCCAGUCUAUGAUUCUACAGCAGACUGAACAAACUAGAAGCAGGGGUUAUAGCAACAUACCUGUAGGGGACAUAGGGAAGUGCAGCUGUGAUGCAACUCUAUAGUUUUGGGGAUCAGGUGUGGGUGCAUCCCCUGUGAGACCUUUAAUUAAAACAGUCAUUCAGAAUAGAUCAAGUCCAAGAAGGAAAGCAUAUAUGCUGAAUAUUGUGCUGAAAUAUGGUGGGACUUGUCUCCAAUUAUUAAAAUUAAUGUCUAAGAGGUAUAUAAAUAAUAAUGACCAGGUAUCAUUAGGGUCCUAUAUGCUAUAUUCUGAAGCAUUACAUUUGAUAUUUUGUUGCACUUGUACAUUGUGGUUAUUUAAGUUUGUCAUGUCUACUUGUCACAUUAACAUUUUGAUUAUUUUUGAAUUUUUAUUACUUGUAAUUUUUUAAUUCUAAUAAAGUAAUGUAUUUUAUUUACCUUUAAUCUGCAAUACAGUCUUUUUUACUCAUAUUUAGAAGGGCUUAGAGUGUUACUACAUUAACAUCAGCUUGUAAUUAUUCUAAAGGUUAUCUUACUCUUCAAUGCCUAUUAGCUGAUAUGUUCUGUCUGUUACAUAUUUGUGUCUCUGUCUGUCUGUCCAUCUGACCAUCCAUAUUAUGCAAAAGAGGAACAAGCCCUGAUGUGUUAUUUUUAUUAACUCUAGGUAUACUGUAGUACUUAUGAUUAAAAUACUUGAUGGUUUAUAUUAUUUGCACCAAUUCUGCCACUGGAAUUUUAAUUUCAUUUUCACCCUUGUUAAAUGUGUUUAAAGUACUGAAAAAUAAAUAAAUAAACAGAAGCAGCAGUGUUACAUUUGGAGUCUUUUGCGAAGACCCCAGAUGAUAAUGUGUCCAAUUGAUGUGUUUUGCCCAAGUGGAAGAAGCUACAGGAUGAUAAACCUACCUGAAGUUCUCUCACGCAGAUACUACUAUCUUUACUCUUGAAAUAUUCUUAAAGUGACUCUAUAGGCAUCCAGACCACAACAACUCAUUGAAGUGACCUGGGUGCAAUGUCCUUGUCCCCCUUAGUCUUGCAAUGUAAAUCAUUGCAGUUUUUUAGAAACUCUAGUGGCUGUCUACCAGACUAGAGGUCCCCUAAAUAACAUUGGACAUCCUCACAGUCUGCAUGAGGACAUACAGCGUCUGUGAAAUGCCCUUGGAAAGCAUUUAGACAAUGCUUUCCUGUGGGAAAGGCCUAAUGCGCUUGCGGUGCUAGCAUCAGAUCAUGUCGAAGGAGGCGGAGUACCGACCCAGCACCAGGAGACAUCAGCGCAGGAAUUGGGUGAGUAAAUAAAGGGUUUUUUUUUAACCCUUUAUUGGAGGAGGGACCAGAAGGCACUAUAGUGUUGGCAAUACAAAUUUGUAUUCCUAACACUACAGAAUCGAUUUAUGAUACUGUCACUUCAGAAGCCUGCAUCAUGGGCUAAAGUGCAAAAUACUUUUUUUUUUUUUAUAUAGAAGAUUGGGAGAAAGUGGGAUACUUAAUGGAACAUCUGCAGCAAUGCACCAGAAGGAACCACUUAAUGGAACAUCUGCAGCAAUGCACCAGAAGGAACCAUUUAUUUCAGUUGAAAAAGGUGAUAGCAGAAUGUCUGUCUUUUGUCAACUUCUGCUUUACCCAUAAGACCCCAUAGUUCCUUAUUAUUCUCAAUGACAUUCCAAUGCAGUCAACAUGAGUAUUUUAUUAAGAUUGUAUCAUUGCACUACUCAAAAGUGACAGAUCUGCUUUACACAGACCAUUUUUGAUCAAUGUCCAUAAGAUAUUUUUGCUGUUUUAUUGAUUUGUUUUUCAUUUCAGGUCUUGAUGGUAAGGUAUGUCUUUUUGCUGAUGAUACUAAGAUAUGUAACAGGGUUGAUGUUCCAGGAGGGAUAAGCCAAAUGGCAAAUGAUUUAGGUAAACUAGAAAAAUGGUCAGAAUUGUGGCAACUGACAUUUAAUGUGGAUAAGUGCAAGAUCAUGCAUCUUGGAUGUAAAAGCCCAAGGGCAGAGCACAGAAUAUUUGAUAGAGUCCUAACCUCAACAUCUGAGGAAAGGGAUCUAGGGGUGAUUAUUUCUAAUGACUUAAAGGUAGGCAGACAAUGUAAUAGAGCAGCAGGAAAUGUUAGCAGAAUGCUUGGUUGUAUAGGGAGAGGUAUUAGCAGUAGAAAGAGGGAAGUGCUCAUGCCAUUGUACAAAACACUGGUGAGACCUCACUUGGAGUAUUGUACUGGAGACCAGGGGCGUACCUAGAGCAUUUGGCACUCGGGGCGGAUCCUGUGCUUGGCACCCCUUGCACCCCCAAAGCCCCUCCCCCAGCGCCAGUUUGGCUCCACCUCUGAUUUUGCUUAGCUCCGCCCCACUUUUCCUCCGUGCGGCCAGUUUAUCAGUUGUUUGCUUGUGUGAGCUGUACUGGCCGCACGGCACCCUAACUACCAUGGGGCACUGUGCGGCCACAGCUCACACAGCCCCCUCCAGCCAGGGCCGGUGCAAGGAUUUUUGCCGCCCUAGGCAAAUGUAAAGUUUGCCGCCCCCCCAUGUGACAUCACAAUGCCCCACCCAUAUGAUUUGCCAUGUUAUCUAAUGCCAGUGCUGCAGUGCCGCCGUGUUUACAUUAAAAGGCCUGCAGGGACAGGCUAUAGACACCAGAACCACUACAUUAAGCUGCAGUGGUUCUGGGGACUAUAGUGUUUCUUUAAUGUGAGGUAAAUUAGAGAUUAGUGCCACGAAUAAUAUACUAGAUUGCCUACUUACAACCAGAUGAGGAUGAUGAUGGGCUCUAGCUGCAGUCUGGCUCCAUUGGUCUGGUGUAGAACAGGCUCUCUGGAGGCGGUUUGUAACUGUGGUCACAAAAAUCAAUGUUCUGGGAGAACGGGAAGCAGCUCCAUUUUUUGGGGCCCUUUACACAGCUCAAGGUCUGGGUCCCAGGGUCCACCUUCAUGUUCCACCAAUUAGUUUGUUUACAGGGGGUGGAGUGUGUAGGGGAUGUCCUGAUAUGUGUGUAAGGAAUGCAUUGUGUGAAUCUGUGUUUGUAUGUGUAAGGGCUGCAAGGUGUGUUUCUGUGUAUGUACGGGAUGCAUUGAGUGUGUGUAAGGGGUGCAUUGAGUGUGUGUAAUGAAUGCAUUGUGUGUUUCUGUGUGUGUAAGGGAUGCAUUGUGUGUAAUAGUCGCAUUGCUUGUGUAUGUGUGUCUGUGUGUGUAAUGCAGUGUGUGUAAUGCAUUGUGUGUUUUUCUGUCUGCAAGGGGUGCAUUGUGUGUGAUGAAUGUCAAUCUCUCCCCCCAUUCAAUUUCCUUCUCUCCCCCCCCUCUAAUUUCCUUCUCCCCCUCCCAAUUUCUUUCUUUAUCCCCCUCCCAAUUUCUUUCUUUAUCCCCCCUCCCAAUCUUUCUUUAUCCCCCCCUCCAAUUUCCUUCUUGCCCUCCCAAUUUCUUUCUUUAUCCCCCCUUCAAUCUUUCUUUAUCUCCCCUCUCCAAUUUCCUUUUCCCCCUUCCAAUUUCUUUCUUUAUCCCCCCUUCCCCCCCUCUUUCUUCUCCCCCUCCCAAUUUCCUUCUCCCCCCUCCCAAUUUCUUUCUUUAUCCCCCUCUCCAAUUUCCUUCUCCCCCUCCCAAUUUCUUUCUUUAUCCCCCCUCCCUUCUCCCCCCUCCCAAUCUUUCUUUAUCCCCCUCCCAAUUUUCUUAUCCCCCCCUCCCAAUCUUUAUUUAUCCCCCCUCCCAAUCUUUUCUUAUCCCCCUCCCAAUCUUUAUUUAUCCCUCCCAAUUUCCUUAUCCUCCCUCCCAAUCUCUUAUCCCUCCCAAUUUCCCAUCCCUCCCAUCUUUAUUUAUCCCUCCCAAUUUCUCCCCCCCCCUCUUUCUUUAUCCCUCCCACCUUUAUUUAUCCCUCCCAUUUCCUUAUCCCUCCCAAUCUUCUAUUUAUCCUCCCCCCACCUCUGGUGUAGCGUGGCCGAGCCCUGUAUCAUGGUCCGGGGGUACAGGGAGCUUUUGUUUCCUGUACCCGGCCGGACUAAAAGGAAGUGAACACUCAGUGUGUACUUCCUGUUAGUCCGGCCGGGUUUUUGAGACAGAUGCUCCCUGUACCCGCGGACCAUGAUACAGAGCUCGGCCACGCUACAGUGAGGGAGUGACAGGAGGGAGCUCUGAGUGCUUCCCUCCUGUCAACCCCUCUCCUCAGGCUGCGCCCGUGCGGGCAAAGCUGCAGCCGCCUGAGGCUCUCUACAGAGUGCUGGGGCAGCUGCAGCAUGAGGGGGGCCGGUGCUCCUGGGGGCGCCCCCUCCCAAGGCACCCCCCACCCUGGUGGCACCCAGGGCGGACCGCCCCCUCCACCUCAGAAGGAUAUUGAUACCUUAGAGAGAGUUCAGAGAAGGGCUACUAAACUGGUUCAUGGAUUGCAGGAUGAAACUUGAAAGGUUAAAGGAUCUUAACAUGUAUAGCUUGGAGGAAAGACGAGCCGGGGGAUAUGAUAGAAACAUUUAAAUACAUAAAGGGAAUCAACACACAGUAAAGGAGGAGACCAUAUUUAAAAGAAGAAAAACUACUACAAUAAGAGGACAUAGUCUUAAAUUAGAGGGACAAAGGUUUAAAAAUAAUAUCAGGAAGUAUUACUUUACUGAGAGGGUAGUGGAUGCAUGGAAUAGCCUUCCAGCUAAAGUGGUAGAGGUUAACACAGUAAUGGAGUUUAAGCAUGCGUGGAAUAGGCAUAAGGCUAUCCUAACUAUAAGAUAAGGCCAGGGACUAAUGAAAGUAUUUAGAAAAUUGGACAGACUAGAUGGGCCGAAUGGUUCUUACCCGCCUUUGCAUUCUAUUUCUCUUUUUUUACAUACUUGAUUUUCUUUACAUUGACCAAACUGUCACUGUGAGAAUUCCCGUCAGCUUAUCCAACCAGAUCUGCCUAAAUCAAUCUUUUUGCUCAAUUCAGCAAACUGGAAAGUUGUUUAUAAUUAAUUAUUAGGUUUUAUAUUUUAUCAGAUUUUUUUUAACAAUGUGCAAUAUUCUAUUCAACAUUUUGUAUCAUUACUUUAAUUGUAAUAAAUGUAUAAGACUCAUAGAACAUGUUGCAUCUGCGUUAAUUAUAAUAAUUGUAUCCUUGGACUGGGGCCUUACUAAGAAUUCAAGAAAAUUCAAGGUUAACAUAAUUUAUACGGCUUUAGUCCUGUCAUAUACUGCAAAAGUUGUAGAUACCACAACGUUCAAGGUUCUUGUUCGAGAUAAAAAUUAUCAACAGCUAAGUGGAAAUUAGAACAUUAUGAAAUUUGAAAUGAUGCAAAAAGAGAAACAGAUUUUAUUAAUAGGUAGCACAAUUAUGUCACAACUUUAGAUUUUCCAACAAUACGCAAUAUUUAAACUUUAAACUGAAUUAUAGUCUGCUUAACCCUUUAAGGACCAAACUUCUGGAAUAAAAGGGAAUCAUGACAUGUCUCACAUGUCAUGUGUCCUUAAGGGGUUAAAGUAAAACUGUCAAAAGGGGAAACUAAAUAUUAACUAAAUAUUAACUGUUCCAUAAUGCUUAAUGACUAUAAAACAAGUUGGACGCCACAGGUCCUUAAUAUCUAUGAACUAAAGGUGAAAUAGUAAGGGAUGGAUCCGAAAGAUUGUCUCCAUGCCCAGGUAUAUCAAUAUAAGUCCGAAUAGAAAGUGUGCUCUCAAAAGGACAGAGUCUAUUUCCUUCUGUGUUUAAGACUUAACAUGUUUGGGUAGCAACAUAGCAGCAAACAGCCUACAGAGUAAAUGGGGUGGUUCUACUACAUUUAUUUAAUUUGAUAUACCACUAACCUUUGCGUUAGACACACAGGAACAGAUGGGUUGAGGGCCCUGCUCAAUGAGCUUACAUGCUAGAGGGAGUGGGGUAAAAUGACACAAAAGGUAAGGAUAGUAUUAGACUAGUGACAGUUGCAAGAGAGGAAUCAGUUGGGAGCUAUUAACAAUUAAAUUGAUAUGCUUUUAAGUAAAAGUGGGUUUUUAACAAUUUUUUGAAGGAGUGGAGACUGGGUGAGCAUCUAACAGAGGAGGGAAGUAAGUUCCACAGGAACGGAGCAGCCCUUGAGAAGUUGAAGGCGAGCAUCAGAGGUGGGAGCACGGACAGAAGAUAAACCUAAGUCUUCAGCAGAUCGCAGAUGGGACAUACUUGUGUAUAAGGGAGGAUAGAUAGGUGGGAGCAGCAUUAUGUAGCGAUUUGAAAGCAAGAACCAGAAUUUUAAAUUGAGCCCUAUAUCUUACAGGAAGCCAAUGUAGGGACUGUUACACCUGUGUUAUCACUGUUGUUACACCUCAUUUGAUCCCCCAUAAGCCAAAUGUAUAUUUUCCUGCUUGUUGAGCUUAAGGGAGGUUUUGUUCAGUGAUCAUUAAUCAUGUAUCAUGUAGGCCCACAUUCUCCUCAUCUGUCUUGGUCUGAUUCUGGGCCCAGCUAUUUUGCUAUUAGCAGAGCAGGAGAUCAUAAAUUCUAAAUUAAACAGAAUUUGCAAUAAAGGAAGUGCAAACAUUAGAUGACUAUUUUCAGGAAGUGUUUAGGAAGGCUGUGUAAGUCACAUGCAGGAAGGUGUGACUAGGGCUGCAUAAACAAAGUGAUUUUACACCUAAAUGGCAGAUAAUUGAGCAGUGAGACUGCAGGAGCACGAUCUAUACACCAAAACUGCUUAAUCAAGCUAGAUUUGUUUUUGUGACUAUGGUGUCCCUUUAGCAUAACCAUUUUAUCUGAUAUUGUAAUAAAGUGUUUCUUUAAUGUGAGGUAAAUUAGAGAUUAGUGUCACGAAUAAUAUACUAGAUUGCCUACUUACAACCAGAUGAGGAUGAUGAUGGGCUCUAGCUGCAGUCUGGCUCCAUUGGUCUGGUGUAGAACAGGCUCUCUGGAGGCGGUUUGUAACUGUGGUCACAAAAAUCAAUGUUCUGGGAGAACGGGAAGCAGCUCCAUUUUUUGGGGGCCCUUUACACAGCUCAAGACAAAUAUCUAUUUUGAGAAAUGCCGAGCUAUUCACUAAAGUUAUCCACUAAAGUGAUAUUUGUGAACUCUAGCUUUGAAUCUGAAUUUCACUUUACAUUCACUUUGAAUUCUCAUUUUUGUGAAUCUAUUGUAGUGUUCUUACUUUGCCUGUAAGCUAUUUAACUAGAAAUAAACGCACAUCCAUAUUAAGGUUGAAUUAAUUGCUGGUUGACUAAUUGUGUAGAAUCACACCUUGACAUGCAUUGCUCAGUAAUUAGAACUAAAUAAUGGGUUAAAGGAACACUCUACACACAUUAUUAUUAAUAUUAUUAUUAGCAUUUAUAUAGUGUCAGCUUAUUCUGCAGCGCUUUACAAUAUAGUGAAGGGGGGAAUUGUAACAUUAAGUUAUAUAAUUAAUUAUAGGACAAUAGGUUGAUGAGGACCCUGCUCACAGUGCUGAAGUGCUUUAAAUGUCUGGAAUCUGUCAUAUUCUUGACAAUUUGUGCAAGUUCCAAUUUCAAUAGAAAUCAACACUUUUAUAAUUUGCAUCAGACCCACUUGGACAGCAAGGGAGGGUUUCCUCAGUUUCUGUUAGGUUCACAGAGCAAAGGGAAGCGGCAGAUACGCUAAGCUUGAGUAUGUCUGCCGUAUAUGUUUUCUUUGGGAUUAUUUCUACUAAAUGGUAAAAAAUUACUUUUCAAUGAAAUGUUGGAUGGCGUUCACCAUGUAGAUCUCCAGUUGUUUUACAACUACAACGUACAUGAUGUUUAGACUUGCUAAGCAUGACAAUGAAUUUACAAUUUUCCUUCUUUCGUUGACAGAUCUUCAGAAGACACUCUUACAGUUAAUUUCCUUAACCGUGAUGGAGAGACACUGACCGCCACGACCAAAGAGGGAGAAAGUCUUUUGGAAGUGGUGAUCCGCCACCGCCUGAACAUUGAUGGCUUUGGUGAGUUUAUCUGUAAACAGAUAAAAGUUCAGCCUAUAUUGAAAAUCAUAAAAUACAUCAAUAUAUGAGAUAUUUUAAAAAAAAAAUGGUAAUAAUCUUCUGUAUUCAGUAUUUUAUAAUGUUCAAUGCUUGGGUCUAACUGAAUACUUGAAAAUCGGAUACACUGAUAAUAUUUUUCAGUUAGGCAGUCAUGCAUAGUGUUGUACUGUGUUUCUUAAAGGGACACUUUAGGCUCUGUAAUGUAACUGCUUCACAAGUAAAGUGGUUAUUGUGUCUGGAGUCACAUGGCACCAUCCUUUUUUUUUUUUUAAAUGUUUUAAUGCUAAACAAGAGUCCUCAUCAGCUCAUCCACUCUGUGCUGUUCAGGGUAAUAAGGAGGCUUUAGCCUGAGCAGCAAUGGUGGCUGUGAUUGGCUGAGAAUGUCGGCUCGUUGCUGGUAUGACUCGAUAAGGCUAGAAGGACGUAUGUAAUCUCUGCUCCAGUAGGAGCCAUAUGGGUGACCCUUAUUUAGUGUAUUGGGCCUACAAUAUUUGUAAAUUGAUCAAAUGGACUUUUGGUGGUGAUAAAUACAAAGGUAUGAGGGUGUAUGAAGACUAGUUAAACUUAUGGUAUGAUUUUGAUCAAAAUUAUAGUUAUCCAGGUGUAUCCCGCAGUAGACGUUUGAUAUAUUCCAACGCUUAUUGAAUAUUUUUCCUGUUGCUAUAAUAAACUUAAGAAAAACAUGCUAAUUAUAGGUGUCUCAAGAAUUUCCUGGAUAGCUACAAGAAAAUGUAAAACAAAAUGGAAACUUGUGGAUCAUAUUACUACCAAGCAGCAGUGACACAUCUAAAAACUGCUUAAUCAUUUAAUCAUUUGUUCCCUCUAUAGCUUUCCAAUAAGGCACCGUAAAAAGUGUUAGCAGGCAGAAAUUACAUAUUAUUCAUGGUUAUUUACAAAAGUGAGAUUAAAAUUGAAUUCCAAAUAUAAGGACAGAAUAGCUCAUCCAAAAACAUAGCUGAUUUAGAGAAUUUGUCCAGGGUGCCUAUGUUGACCUUAAAUUUGAAAUUUGUUUAAAUUUACCAUCAAUUCUUACUUUAGUAGAUAACCGUGGUAAAGUGCCUUAUUACUCUUGGUGAGGGUGGUUUAUUUUGUAUAUUUGAGACAGGUAACUAUGCUCUGUGCAUUGUGGGCAUGUAGAAUGCUAACACAUUGUAAAAUUACUGAAACACAUGUUUAAAGCAACUUAUUCUCCUUGUUUUAGGUUCUCCUAUCACUCAUGGUUAUUUACGAAAGUGAGAAUUCACUCCACUCAGACACAAGGAGAACACAAGCUGUUCAAGUCUCAUGGUCUAUAACAGUCUCUAUAUGAGACUGUUAUUAUGAUCUCAUACUGUAUGAGAGAUCGUAAUUUUCUCAUAACACAUUUAUGUGUCUAUGAGGAUCUAUUACUAAAGAACAACUGUUACAAGCACCAACUAGAAAGGGGAGCAUUUGGGAAAUAGUGAUCACAAUAUGGUAAUUUUUAAAACAAACUCAAAAAAGCAAAAGCAUGUGGUGGUAUACUAAAACAUAUACUUUUAUAAAAGCCAAUUUCAAUAAGAUUAGGACAGCUCUACUACAUAUCGACUGGCAUAAACUCCUUAGUGAUAAAAACACUGAGGAUAAAUGGAAACUAUUCAAACAAAUAUUAGAAAGGUACAUUUCUCAGUAUGUACCAUUGGGUAAUAAAUAUAAAAGGAACAAAUUGAACCCAAUGUGGCUAGUAGAGAAGUAAAACAAGAGAUUAAAAAUAAGAAGAGGGCAUUUAAAGCAUUUAAAUCGGACAAAUCAGAGGCAUCCUAUAUAAGAUGUAAGGAAGCCUAUAAUACUUGCAAAAAGGCAAUUAAUGUGGCUAAACUAGAAAAUGAGAAAUUGAUAGCCAACGAAUGCAAAACCAACCCCAAUUUAUUUUUCAAGUACAUCAAUUCUAAAAAAACAAAAAAUGAAAGUGUAGGUACACUCGAAACAGAGAUGUGUCUGUUAGUUAAGGAAGACCAGGAAAAGGCAGAAAUUGUAAAUAACAAUUUUCUUCAGUAUAUAUUAAUGAGGAUCCUAUGGCAAGAGAUAAGCAAAUGAUUGCUGCAAAAAUCUUGGAGAUCGCUUUUGAUGGGAUGACUCGAGACAAGGUGCUAUAGCAGUUAAAGAAAAUUUGUGUAAAUAAAGCUCCAGGGCCUGAAGGUAUUCACCCACGAGUACUUAAAGGACCACUAUAGUGCCAGGAAAACAAACUCGUAGGGGUUAAACUCUUACCUUUUACCGGCACUGGGGACUCUCCUCCCUCUUCCGACGUCAUCCACUGAAUGCACAAGCACCGCAAGAGCCAUGUGCGCAUUCAGUCAGUCCAUAGGAAAGCAUUACUCAAUGCUUUCCUAUGGACGCUGGCGUCUUCUCACUGUGAUUUUCACAGUGAGAAGCGCGGAAGCGCCUCUAGCGGCUGUCAAUGAGACAGACACUAGAGGCUGGAUUAACCCUAAUGUAAACAUAGCAGUUGCUCUGAAACCGCUAUGUUUACAGCAGGCAGGGCUAACCCUAGAUGGACCUGGCUACCAGACCACUUCAUUAAGCUGAGGUGGUCUGGGUGCCUAUAGUGGUCCUUUAAGGAGCUAAGUGGGGAAAUAAGUGAACCUCUGUAUUAAAUCUUUCAAGAUUCUUUUGUUUCACGUAUUGUACCGGAGGAUUGGAGGAAGGCAGAUGUUGUUCCUAUAUUUAAAAAGGUUAAAACACCUUUUAGACCUGUGAGCUUAACUUCUGUGACUGGGAAAAUAUUCAGGAAUUCAUUGGGAAGAAUUUUGUUAUUAGCAACAAUCAGCAUGGUUUUAUGAAACAUAGGUCAUGCCAAACUAACCUAAUUGCAUUCUAUGAAGAAGUAAGGAGAAGUAUAGAUCAGAGUGUUGUAGUGGAUGUGAUCUACUUGGAUUUUGCCAGGGCAUUUGAUAUGGUUCCUCACAAUAGGUUAGUUUUUCAACUAAAAGAAAUUGGUCUAGAUGAAUAUUCUUGUUCUUGGGUAGAACAUUGGCUUAAGGAUAGAGUACAAUGAGUUGUCAUUAAUGGUAAAUUUUUAGGCUGCACAAAAGUGGUAAGUGGUGUCCAUCAGGGUUCUGUUUUGGGACCGCUACUUUUAACAUGUUUAUAAAUUAUCUUGAAUUAGGCAUUGAAAGCCAUGUUUUAGUGUUUGCAGAUGAUACAAAACUUUGUAAAGUAAUAAAAUGUGAGCCGGAUAUUGCUUUGCUGAAGAGUGAUUUAGAUAGAUUGGGGGACUGGGCACUAAAAUAGCAGAUGGAAUUUAAUGUAGAGAAAUGCAAAGUUAUGCACUUCAGGGUCAAGAAUGCUUACACCCUAAAUGGUAGUGAAUUAGGGAUAACCACACACGAGAAGGAUUUGGGAAUUGUUAUAGACAACAAAUUAGGCAGCAAUAUGCAAUGUCAAUCUGCAGUUGCUAAGGCCAGUAAGGUUUUGUCAUGUAUAAAUAGGGGCAUAAAUUCUCAGGAUGAAAAUAUAAUUUUGCCUCUUUAUAAAUCGUUGGUAAGACCACACAUUGAAUAUGCCUGUGCAUUUUUGGGCACCUGUUCUAAGGAAGGAUAUCAUGGCACUAGAAAAAGUGCAGAGACAAGCUACAAAAUUAAUAAAAGGAAUAGAGCAUUUUAAUUACGAAGAAAGGUUAAAAAAUUUAAAUCUCUUUAGUUUGGAAAAACAGCGCCUUAGAGGGGGUAUGAUAACAUUAUAUCAAUAUAUUCAGGGCCAGUACAAACCUUUAUCUGGAAAUCUAUUCAUAAACAGGGCUACACAUAGGACAUGAGGUCACGUAUUUAGGCUGGAAGAAAGGAGAUUUCAUCUAAGACAAAGAAAAGUUUUGUUUUUUUACAGUAAGAGAAAUAAGGUUAUGGAAUUUUCUGCCUGAAGAGGUGGUUUUACAGCGUCCAUACAGUAACUUAUCAUUCCUAUGUCCCCCUUACUCCCCUAGGUGCUUGUGAGGGGACACUAGCCUGUUCUACCUGUCAUGUCAUAUUUGAUCAAAAAGUCUUUGACCAGUUGGACCCAAUUUCUAGUGACGAGAUGGAUAUGCUGGAUUUGGCCUUUGGUUUGACUGACAUGUAAGUGUCCAGGAUUUAUUUCACUAUGUUGCCUACGGUAAUAAUCACUUGGAAAUCACCAAAGUUGUUGUUCUAAUUGUGAAUAAUUUAGGGUUUUCAAGGUCACAUGAUUUGAUAUAUCUGUGGUAUUAUGAUUUGCAAUAAUGCAUUUAGGAGUAACACAGCAGUGGUAUAUCUACUUAUUCAUGAAAUGCCUUAUUUGAGAUCAUGGCUUUCAAAAUCUCCUAGUUAAUGGAAAGUUAAUGGAAAAAAAUAGUAUGCCAGUUUUAUAAUUGGGGAAAAAAAUAUUAUGCCAUGAAAUUUAAAUAACACUCCAACACCAGAACCACCACAACAUGCCAUAGGUUUUAUUGUGGCAGUAGUCCCUUGGCACCUUUAUAAUGUAAGGUGCUCAACUGUUCGCUAAUGGUUUGAUGACUUACCUGGGGUCUGCCAUUCACUUCCUCCAUUGAGUGAUAGAUAUACUUAUCUGAUAGCUCUGCCAUCCAGAGCCAGCUUAUUGGCUGAGAAUAUCAGCUGAUCACUCCUAGCCAAUGAGAUAAAUAUUGCACCUUCAUGUGAGCUCAGAGUAGACAUCUUUCGCCUCACAGUAGAGGAUGUGAGUGGCACCCAGCAGACACCAGGGAAGUUGUCACAUCAUAUACGGUUUGACUCCUUACACUGCUAGGAGUCUCCUAGAACUGUAACCACUACAGCAUGCUGUAGCAUUUAUGGUGCCUGGAGUUUCCCUUUAAUCUUUGAAUCUCUCAUAAUCUCUACUGCUGACUCAAAGAAGCAAAUCAGACCUGAUAACACUAGCAGAUUGCACCUGUCUGUCAUUCGCAUUAUCCUCUCUAAUAACACAACUGUGACCUUUUUUCUAAAGAUCUAUAUGGAUAAAGAAGAUAUAAGAGUUUGUAAGUAUGCGUAUUACAUGGAAAUAUUCUAAAAUAAUGAUUACACUAAAUCUUUUCAUUUCAGGUCCCGUCUUGGUUGCCAAGUUUGUAUGAAUAAGUCCUUAGAUGGAAUGACAGUUCGAGUCCCGAAGGACAUAUCUGAUGUCAGACAAGAUGUAGAGAUGGCAAAACAAAACAAACAAUGACGUGCUUGAGAAAUCAUCUGCUGGAUGAGUGUAGAUAUUUUUGUUUGGCACUGGGGGGAAGGGGACCUAAUGGCAAAAAAGUAGAGAACAAGAUGACUCUAAAGUACUGUCAUUGAUACAGCAUUAUGUGAAGUUAAUCAUGUGUUCAUGGUGGAUACUGCAUGAUAGUUCCACGUAAACGUCAUAUAUGGGAUUUACACAAUGUCACCACUUGGAAACAGUCACUCCGCAGUUGGUUACCUUGCUAAUAUUUGAUGGCAUGACUGUUUUGCUAAACAUUUUUGAGAACUUUGUGCCUGCUUGGAAUAUAUCUGUGUUACAUAGUACUUGUAAUAAAUUGCAUACACACUUAAAUUUAUAUGAAUGCAAAAAAUGUGAUAUCUCUAAAAUAUGUCAUAUACAAAUAUAUGUAAGGUUUUGUUAUUUCAGUUUUAAUUUUUUUUUGUUUGAGGAGAUAGCAAUGUCAAAGAUAAUUAAAAACAGGAAAGAAAAAAACAGUAGUAACAUUUUUCACUGGACGCGUGCUACCAAAUUAACCUGUGAAAACCCAUCCCUCAUCUUAAAAUAAAAUUAAUUGAUGACUUAAUAUGUGGUUGCCCACUCAAGACCUUGUAGAGGUACCGAUUAGUAUUUUUAAAUUCUUUUUUUAUCUCACCAGCUAAUGUUUUUUUUGUUAUUUUUUAAAUGUCUUGUCCAUUUGACCACCUGAUUUCCAUCUUUGUUUUCUUCUUGUCCAUUAAUCCAGUAGUCAUCUUGACUGCCCUUUGCUUUUCCAAUACCACACUAUCUGAGUGAUGAACAAAUGUGCAUUUAAAGGAGCACUAUAGUGCCAGGAAAACAAACUCGUUUUCCUGGCACUAUAUAGUCCUUAGGUCCCUCCCACCCUCAGGGCCCUCCUCCCACUGGGCUGAAGGGGUUAAAACCUGAAACUGCUAUGUUUACAGUUGCAGGGUUAAAACCUGGGUGUCCUGGCACCCAGACCACUUCAUUGAGCUGAAGAGGUAUGGGUGACUAUAGUGGUCCUUUAAUGUAAACAUAUGUAGUGUAAAUGUUGGGCAAGUUCUAGAAGUAGUAAACCAAAUGAUUUAGCAGAUACGUUCCACUGGUUUCUGUGGUGAUUGCACUAGUUCUAACUUCCCCUGCAGUCAUUUUCCGAACAAAUCACCAUUAAAUAAAAGCCUCUCAAAAAGCUGUUAAAUAUCGGUAUUAAAUGAUUGUUCUAGGGAGAUGGAACUGGAAACGGCAAGAUAAUUGUAACCUGUACUACAUUUGUUUAACAUAAAAUGCUCUGAUCUGUAAAAAACUACAACUGACAACACUGCAACAAACAGACAAAAAAAAACCCCAUCAAUUAAAAUAAAAGUCUGACAACUACCCACAUAAGAACUCAUGGCUUUCAACGUCAAUAAAUCUACUUUAAAAAAAAAUAAUUAUUAUGUAUUUAGGGGCUUGUGUUUUGUUUGUUUUUUGCAUAUAGCUGGAAAGAUGAAUUUGGUGCAUGAGUGGUGUAGAUACUGUUAUAGGUUGUGCCCUCUCUUGUAAAUAUGAACUUAUAUUACUGUGUUAUCUGUGGACUCUAGAAACCUUUGUACAUUUUGACUCAGCAGCUACUGGGUCAAAGGCGAAAUAAAGGAGUGCUCAGUGCAGGCAAUAUGCGUGACUACAAAUGUUUGUAGAAAACCUGUGCCAAAAACGGCCUUCGAUUGUCAGUCUCUGUUUACUGUGAGGGCAUUCAAACCCAGAAAUCCUGACUACAGGUUACGAGUGAGUUCAUCUGAGUAAGAAAGGAACAGGGUCCUGGAUUUACAUAAUAUACACCUGGCACUUGUUCCAGAUUUUAGUAGUGCUGAAAAGGUAGCAAGUAGCUUAACUGAACUUCUACCAGCUCUCUAUACUCAAGGGCGGGGGGGGGUGUUUUAUUUAUUCUAAAAUGCAUGCUAAGUUGUUCAGUUAUUAUCAAGGCAGUCGUCUGCACUUUCAAUGAGG